CCUCGUGGAGGAGGCGGGGCCGUAGGUUGGGGCGGGGCCGUACGGGGGUAGUGAGCUGGGGAGGGCCUGGUUGAUAAGGCGCAAGCGCGGGGCCGCUCGGCCACUCGAGUUGUGCUGGGGCCGCGGUUGGUGUGAAAAUGUCGGUAGAAUUUGAGCUGUGUCCCGGGAGGGCCGUCGGCGGCGAUCAACCGUGUUUCAUCAUCGCUGAGAUCGGCCAGAACCACCAGGGCUGUAUGGACAUCGCCAAGCAGAUGAUCCGGAUGGUUAAGGAAUGUGGUGCAGACUGUGCAAAGUUUCAAAAAAGUGAACUGGAGUACAAGUUUAACAAACGAGCAUUAGAAAGGCCUUACAAAUCCCCACAUUCAUGGGGAGCCACAUAUGGAGAUCACAAGCGUUACCUGGAGUUCAGUCGUGAGCAGUAUAAGGAGCUCUCCAAAUUUGCAGAAGAAAUUGGAAUCUUUUUCACAGCAUCUGGAAUGGAUGAGAUGGCAGUUGAAUUUCUUCAUGAACUGAAUGUGCCUUUCUUCAAAGUUGGCUCUUUGGACACCAAUAACUUUCCAUAUUUGGAAAAAGCUGCCAAGAAAGGUCGUCCAAUGGUGAUCUCCAGUGGGAUGCAGAGCAUGGAAACAAUGAGGAAAGUUUACAACACUGUGAAACCCAUCAAUAAUAAGUUUUGCUUUCUCCAGUGCACCAGUGCAUACCCCCUGGAGCCAGAGGACACUCAUCUUCGUGUCAUCACCGAAUACAAAAAAGAAUUUCCAGAUAUUCCUAUAGGAUACUCUGGCCAUGAAACUGGGAUUGCCAUAAGCAUAGCAGCAGUCACAAUGGGAGCUAAAGUUUUGGAACGUCACGUGACUAUGGAUAAAAGCUGGAAGGGUAACGAUCACCAAGCUUCACUGGAGCCUAGUGAGCUGCGGGAACUAAUUCGCUCGAUCCGAAUUGUAGAAAAAGCACUUGGGUCUCCCAUCAAACGCUUGCUCCCAUGUGAGAUGGCCUGCCACAACAAGUUGGGCAAAUCUGUCGUAGCCAAAGUGACUAUUCCUGCAGGAACAAAACUGACUCUGGACAUGAUGACUGUGAAAGUGGCAGAGCCCAAAGGCAUUGAGCCAGAUGACAUCUAUAAGCUGGUGGGCAAGCAAGUUAACACCAAUGUCGAUUUUGAUGAAACAAUCACAUCUGACAUGAUUGCAAAUUAAAGCAAGAAGUGCUGAGUUUCUACAAAGAUGUUUCAUGAACUGGCCAUCUCAGAAUUUUUAAAUUCCCAGUAAAAUUUGUCCUUGGAUGUAUCAGAUCAUGCCUUUUUAAUUUAUAUUGACCCUUUCUCCCUCCAGUUAAAGUUCAUGUUUACACUUACACUUGUAUAAUUGUCUACCAAAUCAAUGAAAUAAAAACUAAGUGCUGUA